CAUGUCAAGUGCGCUAGGGGGGUGAUAUAUCCUCCAAACAAGCAGCAUGCAGCCCUGAGGUUUCCAACUCUCUCCCGACAUCCACCGCUUGUUUCUCUGCUCUCUUUUGAUUCAAUUUUGUGACUAUUUUGAAGUGAAAAUCAACUUUUUCUUUUGAGGACAACAUGGCACUACGGCAGCAUUCUGACAAGGAGCCGAGCAUUGAGUUAUUUGUUAAGGCCGGCCAUGAUGGCGAGAACGUGGGCAACUGUCCUUUCUGCCAGAGGCUCUUCAUGGUACUGUGGCUGAAAGGAGUCAAGUUCACUGUGACCACUGUUGAUAUGAGGAAGAAGCCCGCUGAGCUGAAGGAUCUAGCACCUGGUACCAACCCGCCUUUCCUGCUCUAUAACGGCACCCUCAAAACAGAUUUCAUCAAAAUUGAGGAGUUUCUCGAGCAAACUCUGGCACCUCCAAGUUAUCCUCACCUCAGCCCACUAAACAAAGAGUCUUUCAACGUGGGUGCUGACAUUUUUGCAAAGUUCUCCGCCUUCAUCAAGAACACUCCAAAUAAUGCCUUUCAGGAGAAAAACCUGCUGCGUGAGUUCAAGCGUCUGGACGAUUACCUGAACUCUCCCCUGCCCGAGGAGAUCGACCACAACUCAAGGGAAGCGGUCGACGUCUCCAAGAGGAAGUUUCUCGACGGGGACCGCCUCACCUUAGCGGACUGCAACCUUCUCCCCAAACUGCAUGUCAUCCGGGUGGCGUCCAAGAAGUACUGCAACUUUGAGAUCCCAGCCCAGUUCACAGGAGUUUGGCGAUACCUGCACAAUGCUUACGAGCGAGAGGAGUUCAAACAGACGUGUCCGGCCGAAAUCGAGAUCGAGAAAGCUUACUUCGGAGUUGCCGAUAAGAGGAAAUAAAAUGUUCACUCCAUGUCUGUAGAGGGUGCUACGUUGUGCCAAAGACAUUAUACUGCCAUUUCAAUCAUCUUAAAACUGGGAUGGGGAAUGUUUUUGUUGUUAUUUUUGAGGAUUUUUUAAACCAUUCCUCUUGGAUUUGUUUCUUUUUUUUUUUUUAGAAAUGUCAUAUUCCAACUGCUGCCUUAAAUACUCAAGUCUCAGAACACACUUUUUUUAAAAGUAGCUUUUGACUGUUUUAGUCACGGAUGAGGCCCACUGUGCAAUUGACUGUUAAUUUAAUUGACCAGAUUUUUGUUUAUAGUGUACAUACAUACAGUAUAUUUUCUAAGAUUGUUAGCAAGUAGCAGCAGAACCCUUCAAUACUGUUCCUUUUUUACGUAAAAAAAAAAAAUAAUAAUAAUAAUAAUUCUUGUGUAUCUUAUUCUGUACUAACACAGAUGAUGUGAUGGAAAUGUGCUGUUUUGAUACUAAUAAACAAAUCAACUGUGUCUGUUGUCUUGAAUCUA